AUAUUCGUGGGUGUGCCUUGAGAGUGUAUGGAUGCCCUUUUACUCAGCCUAAAUAAUAGUCAUGCGCUCUCCAUAAAAACUGCCAAAUUUUAUGAAACUGGAAGAAACUUGGUACUUGUUCUGAAAAUCACCUCUGGGAAAGAGUCUUGUAGAGUUUUCUGGUUAACAUGAACGAACAAUCUAAGAAAGAGACUGUGAAUGCACACAGUGGUUCCAUGGAAACAAAGGUGGACACUGUGGAUUAUCGAUCGUCGGCAGGUCAAGCCCAAGAAGAGAGGCACGUGCAGAUAAUUCACCAGCCCCAUUCCACCACCAACACCAACACUAGCGGUGGUGUUCUUGCCGGUGCUGCCGCUGCCGUUGCGUCUACUCUACAGUCUGCCAAGGAUGCCAUAUCCAAAAAGUGAUGUAAA